CCAAAAAUCAUGACUCGAGUCCACAUGUCUGCUACACAGCACAAACAUGCUUGCUGUGUGUGUCCCCUGUGAGGGGGCCUCGCAGACACCCAACAACAGACAAAUUGGAAAAAUGACCUGUCCGCUUGCGAAAUUGCGGAACUAUUUGGGCUACUGCUAAGUGUUUCACACGGCCCACAACUGUAGUGCACAUCACAUCCUGUUGUUGACUCAACGUGGAAAGCAUGAGUGAAGUCACUGUAGUUAACCAACAAUACAAUUUCUUACAAUAGUUAGAUAUUACAGUAUGGUUUGUGUGUGAUUCUGACAAAUAUAGCCAUGCAGGUAUCCACCGUAAAUGACGUGAAGAUUUACAAUCUGAGCCAUGGAAAAUCACUGCCUGAGUGGUUGUCAGACCGGAAGAAAAGGGCUUUGCAAAAAAGUGAUGUUGAUAUCCAACGUAGGAUUGAACUGAUACAGGAUUUUGAGAUGCCUACAGUGUGUACCUCACUCAAAGUGUCACGUGAUGGGCAGUACAUUUUGGCUGCAGGCACCUACAAACCCAGGAUACGCUGCUAUGACACUUAUCAGUUAUCUUUGAAAUUUGAGAGGUGUUUGGACUCUGAUGUUGUUGCCUUUGACAUCCUUUCUGAUGACUAUUCCAAGCUGGUGUUUCUCCAUAUGGACCGCUACGUUGCGUUUCACUCCCAGCAUGGCUUCUACUACAAAACGCGAAUUCCAAAGUUUGGACGAGACUUCUCCUAUCACUACCCCUCCUGUGACCUGUAUUUUGUGGGGGCCAGUUCUGAAAUAUACAGACUGAAUCUGGAACAAGGCCGUUUCCUCAACUCUCUUGAGACCAGUGCAGUAGAGCACAAUGUGUGCGACAUCAACCCUGUUCAUCACCUGUUUGCAACUGGGACAAUAGAGGGCAAGGUUGAAUGCUGGGAUCCGCGUGCCAGGAAUCGUGUGAGCAUUCUAGACUGUGCCCUGAGCAGUGUGACUGAUGGCACAGAAGUUGAUGGCCUGCCAUCAGUAACUGCACUCAAAUUCAAUGGUUCCCUCGGGAUGGCAGUGGGAACCAGCACUGGUCAGGUUCUCCUGUAUGACCUGCGGUCGUCACAACCGCUGCUAGUGAAGGACCAUUACUACAGCCUUCCCAUCCAGUCCCUCAACUUCCACGAGCAGCUGGACUUGGUGAUCUCUGCUGACUCAAAGAUCAUCAAGAUGUGGCACAAGGACACGGGUAAAAUAUUCUCUACCGUGGAACCUCAGAGCAACAUCAAUGAUGUUUGUAUCUACCCAAAUUCUGGUAUGCUUUUUACUGCCAAUGAAGAUCCCAAAAUGAACACAUUGUACAUACCAGCUCUCGGCCCUGCUCCGCGCUGGUGCUCCUUCCUGGACAACCUGACCGAGGAGCUGGAGGAGAACCCGGAGACCACUGUCUACGACGACUACAAGUUCGUCACCCGGAAAGACUUGGAAAACCUGGGUCUCACCCAUCUGAUUGGCACACCCCUCCUGCGUGCCUACAUGCAUGGCUUCUUUAUGGACAUCCGCCUCUACCAUAAGGUCAAGACGAUGGUGAAUCCAUUUGCCUAUGAUGAGUAUCGCAAGGACAAGAUCCGACAGAAGAUUGAUGAAUCAAGGACCCAGCGGGUGCAGCUGAAGAAGCUGCCCAAGGUGAACAAGGAGCUGGCCUUGAAGCUCAUGGACGAGGGAGAGGACGAGGCCCUGCUCAAGUCCAGGAAGAAGAAGGCCAAGGGCUCCACCAGCCUGCUCAGUGACGACCGCUUCAAGGUGAUGUUCGAGAACCCCGACUACCAGGUGGACGAGGAGAGUGAGGAGUACCGCCUGCUCAACCCGCUCGUCUCCAAGGUCAGCCAGAAGAGGAAGAAGAAGCUGAAGAUGCUGGCCGAGAUGGAGGCUGAGGAAGAGAAGAAGGCCCAGCAGGAGGAGGAAGAGGAGCCGGAGGGCCGCGGCAGCUCCGACGAGGAUACCUCGGACGAUGAUGACGACAAGAGCUGGGUGGCCGAGGUGCGCGAGCAGCGCCGCCUCCUGCAUUUCGAGAGGCGCCAGCUCCAGGACCAGCAGCGGCAGGACGGCCGGCGACAGGACCGAGACGCUGACCUCCGGUCCGGCGCCGCGGCUGCCCAGCAGGGCCUGUCCCAGAGGCAGACCCAGCCGCAGAGCCAGCCACGCUUCUACCAGAUCAAAGCUGGAGAAGAGUUCCGCAGCUUUGGCGACGUGGCGCGCAAGCAGAAACUCCAGAAGGCCACCCUGGAGGAGCGUCUGAGGUUGGAUGAGAGUUCGGGCAUGUCCAACCUUGCUGACUCGGCGGUCGGCAGCAAGCAGCUCACGUUCACACUUCAAAAGUCUGAGAAGCAGCGCUCCCAGCAGAAGGCGGAGAGGGACCACCACGAGGAGAGGAGGAAAGUGAGGCGAUCUGCAGGACACUUGCAGACAGGAGGCCGAGGCUGGGGUGGCGGUAGAGGCCGAGGAGGAGGAAGAGGCCGAGGAGGAGGAAGAGGCCGAGGCCGCGGUGGAGGCCGCGGAGGAGGCAGAGGCCGCUUCUGAUUUCCCUCACAGGCCACUGGGAAGCUCACCAGUGGAGGACUGCUUUUAUAAGGAAGAAACCCUGGUGGAAUGCAGGCGAAUGGUCAUCUUCACAUGACCAAAAGACUAUUUCAUAGUUUUUUUUUACAAAUCAUGAGGAGAACAUCAGAAGUAACACAACAAAAGUUUGUGUGUGUGUGUGUGUGUGUGUGUGUGUGUGUUUCAGAGAGAGAGAGAGAGAGAGAGAGAAAGAGAGAGAAUCCUGAAGUACACAGAGUGUAACCCACUACUCAGGUUGUGUCCUCAGAAGUGUAUCUGUCUGUGAAGCAGCCUUCAGCUUGUACUUUUCCUUUCCGAUGUCCUUCAGGGCAGACUAAACAGGAGAUUGUGUACUAUAUUGGAAUAUAAGCAUUUUUAAUCAAAAA